AUGAAAGAUGAGGUCACAGAGGCGCAGAGAAAAGGAAGACAAAAGAUUGCUGCUAAAAAGGAAGGUGUUCUAAUUGAACUUCAGAAGCUUGAAUCGAUAAUGGAAAAAUUGAAACCAUUAAAGGCAACCGCUAUUCAAACACAGGGUAUGAUGAUACAGUAUAAGAACCAAUAAAUCAAUGCGAAGCUUUCAUGACGAAUUUAGAUGAACUGUGAAUCUUCAAGCUUACGAAUCGGAGACAUAGGGCUUGUGGGAGGAUGUUGAAUAUACCCUUCUGUCCACUCUCACACAGGUCCCAUGUGUAUAGAUCCUGUAGUUGAGGAUUUGCCGAUCGCCUAAAUCCGUCGUAGCAGCUUUACAUCGACAACCAAUAAUGUAACUUAAGGGGGAGAGGGAGGGCUUCUUGGCUAAAACUGUCCCUGAUCGAAAGUAGGUGUAUUGCAUUCAGGCAGUCGGUUGUAGCCUUCAUAAAUGCGCAAAGAGACCAGUAUAUUCUGAAGAUUUGACUUUCACUGUAAUUGGUUGAGUAAGGUGCGCGCAAUGCAAAAAUCGAGCAGAAAACAAAACUUAAUCAAUUAUAUAUCAGUUAAUAGAGCUUUUUGCGCUGAUUCAGAAUAUAUAUCUUUCAACUUUCCAGAUCUCAUCCGAGCCGA